AUCUUACUUCUCCAGUUCACAAACGGCGAACGCAAGGCACAAUUUUUCCUCAAAACGUUCCUGUUGUUUAAGUCUAUUUCCUUAUUUUAAAAAUGGAAGAUUUACCGCCAGAACAAAUUUCAGUUCUCAGGAAAGCUUUCGAUGCGUUCGAUCGCGAAAGAUCUGGCAGUAUACCCACAGACAUGGUAGCCGAUAUUCUACGACUCAUGGGACAACCAUUCAACAAGAAAAUUCUUGAUGAACUUAUCGAAGAAGUUGAUGCAGACAAAUCUGGACGCUUGGAGUUUGACGAGUUCGUGACACUUGCUGCUAAGUUUAUUGUUGAGGAAGAUGAUGAAGCUAUGCAAAAAGAGCUUCGUGAAGCUUUCAGGCUGUACGACAAAGAAGGUAAUGGUUAUAUUCCUACAUCUUGUCUUAAAGAAAUUUUGAGAGAGCUUGAUGAUCAAUUAACCAACGAGGAAUUGGACAUGAUGAUUGACGAAAUUGACUCCGAUGGUUCUGGAACAGUAGAUUUUGACGAAUUUAUGGAAAUGAUGACUGGAGAAUAAAUCAUACCAAACUGGAGUCAUUCCAGCAAUGGAUUUAUUCAUCUACACCAAUCAAAACAUGUUAUUUAUUUUGUACAAAACAACAUUUUUUUUAUAUAAAUUAUAUAAACGUCUAGCAAAUCUAAUAAACUCAACAAUUAUAAUAUUUAUAAAACAAAGAUUAAAAUAUUAAGUUUUAACUAAUUUUAUCACAAUAUGUGAAUUUUCCGAUUAGUUGAACUGAAGAAAAUCACUGCAGAUGUACAUUGCUUGUUGUAACAAUUGGUUGAAACAUGUAUUAUUACAAAUAAACUGUAACUAAUUUAUUGUUAUAACUUGUAAUAAGAAUUGGAAUUGUGUUCUAUUAUAAUAAACAAUUGUAAAACUCCUGUAACAGUUGUUGAAAACA